GGUUUCGAGGUGCCACACUCUCCACCGACUUUCCAGUCUAUUUUUAUGGAGACUUAUAUGCUUUUUAUUUUAUCUUCGUCAACGAGCUUUCGAAAAUUCUCGGGGAUUAUGUUGCGAAAUCGAGCCACGAUCCGUGUGGUAUGUUCGCUUUAGGGGCUGCUCUACUCUAGAAUAACUAUCGAAUUUCGUCGAUGGAACAUUAAUUAUUCAAUGUGCGCACCCAUUAGGGUAUUCUGUAAUUUGCUUCAAAAUGAAUAUUAAUUGUGCGCGGGUACAUGCAAUUAGGAUGGUUCUUUUUUUGACACUCCUUCACUGUUCUACUAUUUUAGCACCACGACUGGAUUUGGACAGCCCGGAAAGCGGAUACCAUGGCCUGGUGAAGGAAAACGAAACUCUGGUCGAGGUUACGCCACAAAUACGAGCGAUAGGUGCCAAAGUAUGCUCCUUCCGUAUUGCGAACAAACACCAUGGCGAGGCGCCGUUCGAGAUCGUUUUGAAAGAGAAAGGAACCGCCGAGCUGAGAGCACUUCGAGUUCUGAAUUGCGAGAAGCGACGAAACUACAAGUUCGAUAUCGAAGCCGUCGGCUGCAACGGAUCGCUAUCGGAAAAUGCCACGGUCCACAUUACCGUGGUGGACGUGAACGAGUACGCCCCCCAGUUUCUGCAACCGGCCUAUGUCAGCACGGUGGACGAGGGACGUCUGUACGAGGAGGUGGUGCGUGUGGAGGCCUCCGACAGGGAUUGUACUCCGAAAUUCGGUGACGUAUGCAAAUAUGAGAUUCUAACAGCAGAUCAGCCGUUCAUCAUCGAUAACGAGGGAGCCAUACGCAACACGGAGCCGCUGGACUACGAGCGUUCGCAUAACUAUAUACUGAGCGUGGUGGCGUAUGACUGUGGCAUGAAGCAAUCUGCCCCGGCCAUGGUCACCGUUAAGGUCAACCGUGUCUGUGCGCCUGGAUGGAGAGGAAUCCCAGAAAGGGUCGAUUACGCAGCGGGCGUGGGAUCCCAGCCUUUGCUUCCUUCCGCCAGAUUGGAUCUCUGCGAUGCUCCCUGUAUAUUGCGUAACGUCCGAGCCACCUUGACUCUCGCCACGGACCAUAUAGGGAAAGGAUGCGACCGUGACACGUACGGUGUACGCAGCCAACGUAAGUUAUGCGGUGCAUCGCGAGACAGCGUGGAUCUGUUGCCAACCCCUGGGCCCACGACCUCCUGGACUGCGUCGUUGUCUCGGGACGAGGGCAGAGAGGCCGACGAGAUCUUCGAAUUCGACGGCGUUGAUUCGGCGGCUAUCAUACCGAGCGAUGUACUCGAGCACACCUUGGCGCAGAAGUUCACCAUCGGCGUAUGGGUGAAGCACAGACCUCGCCCCAGGCAAGAUCCUCACGUUAAGGAACACAUCCUGUGCGCCGCUGAUGAUCACAAGAUGAAUAGACAUCAUUACGCCCUGUUCAUCAGAAACUGCCGGCUGAUUUUGUUGCUCAGACGCGACUUCUCGGAAGGAGAUCCCAACAUCUUCCGGCCUGCCGAGUGGCGUUGGAAGCUGGCUCAAGUGUGCGACGACAAGUGGCAUCAUUAUGCCGUUCAGGUCGAUUUCCCUCAUGUGACCUUGUUCGUGGACGGCGAGGAAUGGCACUCGGACGAGAAGAACCCCGAGGUCAUCGACGACUGGCCGUUGCAUCCUGCGAAGGGUGUCAACACGACCCUCGUUGUGGGUGCAUGCUGGCAGGGAUCUGACAACAAAACGAAACACCACUUCCGAGGCUACCUGGCUGGACUGUCUGUUCUGGUCGGACGAAACGAGAAACCUGACGUGCUGUCUUGCCUGCGUCGUUGCCAGGAGGGUAUCCACGUGCCGUCGAUGGACUUGCUGCAACCGGGAACUCAGUUGCUGACCAAUUCCGACUUAACAGAGGUACGAAUCGACGGGGACAAUCGCACUAAUGUCGAGACACUCCUCCGUCGUAUCGGGUACUCCAACUCGAGGCGGUUUCCCACUCCUGGUCGUCGCAAUUUCCGUUUAGAAACGACCAUUGUAUGCGAGGGUAGCGAGAAUAAUCCUCUCCCUGUCCCGACCGUUCAGUCGUACGUCACGGUCUUGCCGCCACCGCGUCCCGGCAUCACCGUCAACGGAACCGGCUACGUGGCUAGGGAAUACGCGGACUUUCGUCUGGGUGUUCGGGUAUUCCCUGAUGCCCGUGUCACAGCCGGUUCCGCCGCCAGAUUAGACGCCUGUGCGGUCAGCGUAUAUCCCAGCCUAAAUCCCGACCAUGAGAGUUUAGGUCUACCCGGAGAUGCCCUACGUAGAUUCCGUGCCAUCACGGCGCGAGUAGAUCGGGACGGUGUUGUUCUCUCGGGCGCCGAUACGCCUUACAAUUAUCAGCAGCUAAUCCGUCUGAUCAUGUACACGAACCGCAAGCCGGCUUACUAUCUCGACCGUGUAUUCAAACUGACCUGUUCCGAGCUUAGCGGUCGCUUCGCCAGCAACGAGUACGUGCAGACUCUCGCCGUUAUUCACCCGAAGGAGAAGACCACUGCGAUUCCACACUCGACUUCGGACGAACCGCCGAUAGCUAGAAUCCUGGAACCAGUACCUGGUCACGUGCAGCUGUCUCCUCAUCAUGCGGACCUGCCCGAGGAGUACGCGACCGCCGCUCUUCGCGAAGGUGUCAGUGGACCAAGCGGCAGCCACGCAGUUACCAUCGUCGCGGCUGCAUGCAUCUGUUUCCUGCUCCUGAUGGCGGUUGUGGGCGCAGCUAGAGUUAGGGGCGCCGCGAAAAGGCGACCCUCCGCCGGCGACGAGUUGGCUGCCGAGACUGAAAUGGCCUGGGACGAUUCCGCGUUGGCUAUCACCGUGAAUCCCAUGGAGAGGCUUACCGAGCAGGAUGCUCAUCAUCAGAGCCAGAGAGACGAGGACGUGGACGACUCUGGAAGCUCAGACUCGGAGGACGGAUCGUACAGAGACGACGACCUGGACAGCUCCGAUUGCGAAAACGAUUGCGAGCUUAGUAACGGUCGGCAUCGCCGUCACAAUUCGCCUCAUGACUUGGAAUGGGAUCAUCGUGACGUUUAAAUUACUAUUCCUCUGCAUUCACCAUCCCCCCCUUCUUCGUAUGGUGAUUAAGUGGAGUACUAACUUAUUAUCGUUUCUCAUCGUGUUCCCUUUAUCAAACUGAUCGUUAUUCUUUCGUUACUUGUGACGCUUCGUAACGCAAAUAGCAUAUCUAUACAGCUAAUUUCGUCAGCGAUAUGCUCUGAUCGAUCGAGCUUCAACGGUUUUAAUAUUCAACGCGUUUUCAAUGGAUAUCUCGCCAAUAUUUUUCGCCAAUUAAUCCGAUAUUCCUAUAUAUAUACCUAUACAUAUAUAUAUGAACACGAAAGCGUCGUAUUAUAUCCGUCCCCAUAGAUGACAUUGGUACUGUAAAAUGUUAAUGCACCAACUAGUUAGUACUCUCCUUAAAAGCCAGCAAAAUUUGUAAGAGAGUGCGGGACGCUUUAUCGAAUAGUUAAAACACUUUCUAUCUACAACAUGUCAUUGGUGUUGUUAGAUGAAAGAUACACGUGAAAAGAAUACAUACUUAAGUUUACUGGGAUCUGUUCUCGGUAAACGUUUGGAAGCAAUUAAUUUAUGUCACUCAUUACCGCUAAUUAUUAUUAUUAAUAUUAUUAUUAUUAUUAUUAUUACGGUUACUAUUAUUACGAGCAUUAUUAUUUUUAUUACCGGUAGCAGUAGGACGAGGGAACUUUUUUUAUACUCUCUUAUCUUCAAUUCUUUGUAUUCUAUUGUUAUCAGUUUUACUAAUGCUGACUGUAUUCGCCGCUAUAAUUCGGUUAUGAUUUCUUUUAGACGCAGGCCAGCCCGAUAAAGUGAUCUGAAUUCUCGCGACGUUAUCGAAAAUAUUCUUCUUUAUUUCUGAUUGAUCUCAGAAAUGUAUAUUUUUUCAUGAAAAGUUCGAGCGAAUUAGCACACGCGGGUCCUUUCAGUAUUAUAACGCGAUAUCAAAAGAUUUGUAAUCGAGUCGGGCUGUACCUGCGUGCCAUCGUACGAUAUACUUGCCCAAUUUUCCAUUUAUUAUUUUUAAGCGAAGACCUAUAAUUAUAAUUUGCACAAUGUUCCUUCCUGAUCAAUCUACAAAAAAAAAAAA